AUGUCUAGUUGGAAGGAUCCUCAGCACUCGCUCAGAUAUGGCGAGCAUAGUGAUGCCGCUGGUGGAGUUCACGCGCAUCGCUUCGACACCAAUCUGAGUAACCAAGUCAUUGGCGCAACUGGGCUUAAUGCUCAUCCCAGGCUUGCAUCGAUAAUGCCCAACUUGAUAAAGCAUCUUCAUGAUUUCAUGAGAGAGUCAAAAAUAACAAGUGCCGAGCUAAUGGCUGCCUUCGAUUUGCUAGCUUGGGCAGGCAAAAUGACAGACGACAAGCGCCACGAGGUCCUUCUUGUUGGCGAUGUGUUUGGACUAGAACCACUAGCAGAUGAUAUUACCUAUACUCUUGCUGCGGAUGGAUCCACAAUCCCUACAGUCCUCGGCCCUUUUUGGCGGGCGAAUGCGCCCAUCCGCAACAUGGGAGAUAGCAUCGUUUUUGGUAUCGAAUGCGGUGGCCAUACUUAUAUGCACGGCCAUAUAGUUGACGCUCAAACACGAGAACCCAUUGAAAAUGCUGAACUCGAUAUUUGGGAAACGGCCCCCAAUGGAAAAUAUGAGCAACAGGACCCUGAUCAAGUAGAUAUGAAUUUACGAGGCCGCUUUAGGACUGGUGCGGAUGGCUCAUAUAACUUAUAUUGUCUGCGUCCAACGACUUAUGCGAUCCCGCAAGAUGGCCCGGCUGGAAAGCUCCUUCAACUUCUAGACAGGCACCCGAUGAGACCAGCGCACAUACAUUGCAUAGUCACAGCCGCUGGCUAUAAGCGACUGACUACGGAGCUUUUUGAUAGGCAAGAUGAGCACGUCCAUAACGAUGCCGUGUUUGCGGUGAAGGAAGACUUGAUUGUGGACUUCUUGCCGAGAACCGGAGAUCCAAAGGCACAAUUUGAUCUCGAGUACACUUUCAAGCUCGCACGUCUAAACCCCCAAUCUUAG